AUGCAACCCACUGCUCCGGGGCGAGUCUCCAAAAGAUCCCUCUCUCAGCUCCUGAGCAACCGCCCCCCAAUAUCUCGAAUCAAGCAAAUCCACGCCCGAGUAAUCACCGAGCCGCUCGAUUCGCCGCGUGUUUCCUUGAUCGACUCGCUCAUCCACUGUUACCUUCACGCCGGCGACCUCAGCUCCGGCCGAGCCCUGUUCGACGGCUACCCCUCGCCGCCGCCGUCGGCUCUAUUAUGGAACCUCCUUAUUCGCGCUUACUCGAAAAUCCCACGAUCUUCGGAGCCCAUCACUCUUUUCCGCAAAAUGCUCGGUACUCGAACGGCGCCGGAUAAAUACACCUUUAAUUUCGUAAUCACUUCGUGUGCUCACCAGGAGGAAGUCGUGCACGGGCGAAUUUUUCAUGGGUUUGUUGUAAAAAACGGAUCUUUGUUGAAUAUGUACGUGGCUAAUUCCUUGAUCAACUUGUACUCUGUUUUUGCGAGGUCGAACGAUGCAAGAAAGGUGUUUGAUGACAUGCCCGAGAGGGAUGUGUUUGCUUGGACGAGUUUAGUGUCGGCUUAUGCGAAGAAUGGGGAUAUGAAGAGGGCCGGAGAAGUUUUUCGGGAGAUGCCUGUGAGAAAUGACGUCUCUUGGGCCGUGAUGGUUUCGGGCUUUGCCAGCAGCGGGUGUUACGCUGAGGCCAUUAAAUAUUUCCGAGAUAUGUUGCGUGGAGUGAGGCCUAAUGAGGCAGCUCUCGUUUGUGCCCUUUCUGCGUGUGCGAAUCUCGGGUCUUUGGAUCAAGGAAGCUGGAUUCAUGAUUAUAUAGAUAAGAAUCGUAUUUCAAGAACUUCUAAUAUUAUGACUGCACUCAUUGAUAUGUACGCCAAGUGUGGGAAAAUAGAUCGUGCCUUUGAAGUUUUCGACAAGAUUCCUAAGCGUGAUGCUCAGAAUUUUACUAGUAUGAUAUCAGGGUUAUCAAUACAUGGGCUGGGUGAAAAAGCCAUUCGCAUCUUUCAGCGAAUGUUAACCGAAAAGUUGAAACCUAAUGAGAUAACUAUUUUGGGGGUUCUAAAUGGAUGUAGCCAUUCGGGCCUUCUGCAGCAAGGUUCUUCAAUUUUCUAUAACAUGGAGAGUUUAUGGGGAAUCGUGCCUAAAAUUGGGCAUUAUGGUUGUUACAUUGAUUUGCUUGGUCGUGCUGGACAUUUGGCAAAGGCAUUUGGGAUAGUCAAAAGCAUGCCCGUAAAACCUGAUAUAGCCGUAUGGAGGUCUUUACUUAGUUCAUGCAGAAUACAUCGUGAUAGUAAUUUUGGUGAGCGUGUGAUAGGUCAUUUAGAUUAUCUCGAACCUCGAAAUUGUAGUGGAGCCAAUGUGUUACUCUCUAACAUGUAUGCCUCUUUAGGGAAAUGGGAAAAAGUUGUUCAAGUGAGGGAUACAAUGGGUAAGUUGCAAAAGAACCAAUCUGAUAUUGGCGUUAGUUGGCUCGAGUUUAAUGGAGUUGUUCAUGAGUUUCGAGUUGCGGAUAAGUUACAUCCGCAAAUAGAGGAAAUUCGUAAGAAAUUAAGUGAAAUAAUGCAGAGAGUGAGGUCAGUUGGCUAUGCCGCUGAUGUCACUCAGGUGUCGUUUGAUUUGAAUGAUGAAGAUAGAGAGAAUGCGGUGACUUGGCAUAGUGAAAAGCUAGCGGUUACAUUCGCUCUCAUGAAUACUCGGCCUAUGGAUUCUAUUCGAAUAGUGAAGAAUCUGAGGACUUGUGAGGACUGUCAUGUGGCUCUAAAGGCCAUUUCAAGAGUUUAUGAUCGAGAAAUUAUAGUUAGAGAUCGAUCUCGUUUUCAUACUUUCCGAGAAGGGAAGUGUUCAUGCAGGGACUAUUGGUAG